AUGCCUUCGUAUAGUCAAGAUAUAAAUGUGGACCUGAAUUCUAAUGAGAAUGGUGCCUUAAAGAAUGAAAGUAUGGAAGAAAAAAUAGAGGACAGAAAAUUCAUGCCGGCGGAUCUGAGUAGUCCAAACAGUGCGCCGGCAGGUUUAAGUGCUGAUCAGAAAUUGGCUUUUGCUUUGCGUGACUUUUUGGGAACUACCAGUGGUCAAGGGGUACAUCCCGAUGGACCUUCACCGUCCUCAGCAAGCCAACAGCUGCCUUUUAUCGAUGAACAAGAGGAUGCAGGGCCAUCAGAUGAGGAUCAGAAACAGUGCCGCACUGAGGAAGUGCUAAAUAAUGCAGCAUGCCGACUGCGACGAUGGCGAGCUGCAUCACGUAAACUACGGCGGCCAAGAAUAAUAGACAACUUGUGCAAAAGCGAGGAGAAAGAAGCUAGUGGACGCGCGACUGGUCAUACUGAUCUGGCUGACCGGCUGCGUAACCUGGCAGCUGCUGGUAGUGCUUCUGCUUCUGCGGGAGAACUGUCAUCUCUUGCACCUCCACCACCUGCUGCAACAGCGCCGCCUUCACCCGGUUGUCUACUCUCACCAUCACUAGCGGAUCAGAGUUCUGCAGAAUAUUUUGGCUCAAGUCCAGAAUGCUGCGCAGACAGUACAGGGCUGGAAAGAUCAAUGGGCACACCAGUUCCACCUCCUGGCCCACGAUACAAGUUGGCGACUGAGGGAAGUCUAAGGGUUUGCUGUUUUCAACACACUAGAACUGUCGUUGUUAAGAUACUCGCAGCCAAAUUCCUUAGAAAAUGGGAAACACACCCACUUAGCUUAGAAGAAGAACACAUCGUUUCUAAAACGCCUUCGGGCUUGCUGGAACAUCCACUACCAUACAGCUGCAUGCAAGAAGUCUACUGCAUAUCACGAUGGGACUCCGCGAGGAAAUACUGUUUACGAAUUGUUAUGCCUCAUGGAUCGCUUCUAUUACAGGCUAAUGAUGUUUACACAAGGGACCAGUGGUAUCAUUCCAUUGUGUGGAGGAAAAAUAUAAUUCGAUAUCGAAAUUUUCUCACUAAAUCUGUAAGAAGGGAAGUCGUUUUGAAGGAAUUGAAGAAUAUGGUGGACUUUGUGAUGACUACUCCUUUGCAAGAUGAGAGCGUAACGCGAACACCUUUACAAAUUCUUACUGAUCUAUUAUCAGAGAGGAAAGAUAGUCCUGAUUGGGAGGAAUGGGCGGAACUGGUGACAAGUGUCGCGGCACCAUUGCUAGCGGAACGAUGCGCCACCGGCGAGUUAUGUGCUUUGCUGGCGAGGUUAUGUCGGAGACGGCCGCGCGCCGCUCCGCUACCCGCUCUCGCACCUCCUGUACGCCGUGUCUUAACCCGGAACGUUGAUUUUGCAAGAGCACCAAACGCUCGUCGACUCGUUAGAGAUUAUAUAAGUGCACUGAGUGCGCAUAACUCCGGAACAGCGCUGGUACGCCGUUUCGUUGAAGUGACGCACGGCGGCCGGGCGUCAUGCCCACACCCACGAGCCGCACCCAACCUAGCUGCAGUCGCACUAGCUGCUCUAGACGAUCACUAUAGAAACGCGUCAAUUCCGCAUGUCUGUGAUGACAAGGAAGAAGAGGUGCUAUGCUUCGCCGACAUCCUUGAGUAUAUGUGCGAAUAUGAAGACUGGCUAGUGGUGGUAGGCGCAGUAUUACAACCGGUUCCAUUAUGUCCCGGAGUGUUGACCUGCCCCCGAGUUGCCAGACGGCUUGGCAACGUGCUCGCGGCGUUGGCGCGCGACACUCGAUGCCAAGCGCACGCUUGCGUCACGCCAUGCCGAGCUGCUAGACCCUCGCCGCCAUCUUGGUUAAAAGCUGCUGCACCCACCGAACCGCUACUUGCGUUACACAACCAACAGUUAUGCCAACUAUGGGGAGAUAUGUUGGGAAGUUUACUACAUUGUUGCUGUAAAAGAAAAAGUUUUCUUCAAAGUAUGAGUAAACAACUUCCUGAUUUCGUUUUAGUAGGCUUAAAUGAACACCCUGCUGCUUUAGAAGCCUUGUGUCUAAUGUUGGAGUGGGAAGUCGCAAGUGGAGAACAGACUCAAUUGGAAGUAAUAGCAGCUCUUCAGGGCACUGAACUGGGACAAAAGUAUUAUAAAGACCUUUGCGAUAGACAGCAAAACCUUCAGAGAUUGCAAGCAGAAGGCGGACCUCGGCGAUUAGCACUCCCAGUGCGAGCGACAGACGCUGAUGUGGAGGCUUUGCUUGAGACGGGAGCUCUCGGCAACUUGGAGUGCUUGUCUCUAGCUUUUACCAGCGUCACAAGCGCUUGUGCUCAUCACCUUAUCAAGCUACCUUCACUCCGGUAUCUAAACUUAUGGGCCACGAAGUUUGGCGAUAGUGGUGUGCAGCUCAUCGCUGAACAUCUACCACGCCUCCAGGUUCUUAAUCUUUGCGAAACUCCUGUAUCGGAUAAAGGCAUCGAAGCAUUAUCAGGAUUAUCGAAUUUACGUAGAUUGAACUUGAAUAGCACAAAGCUUUCGGCUGAAGCUUUCGAUGCGCUGCGACAGCGGCUACCCCAUCUACAGGAGUACGACAUUCGAUACACAGAAGCAUGGUGACAACCGGCGUCGAGCCGCUAAAACUCCUCCGAAAUGUAAAAAUUGUUACAGAAUUUCUCCCGUAGUAUGUAGAUAGUCAAUUGUAAAUACUCUUUGGGUGACUAUCACACUUAUUCACCAUCAUCCCCAUUUCUGGGACAUAAGUUUUCUCCGUGGAAAACACAGGAGUCGAUACCCACCACGCAGACCUAAUGCGAAAUCAAUGCAGCCAAGAUCAACGGCUUAACGUGCCUUCCGAAACUCGGAGUAAUUUUCGGAUCAGCCAUCCAAUGUCUGGCCUCUUCGAAAAAUGUAACUUUCGCAAUCACAAACCAAACGCAAACCAUUGCGAGCCGAACUUUUCAAACUCAUUGUUAAAUAUUCGAUUUAUAAAAUCUACGUUUGCCUAUAAUUAACAUACAGUUACGACAUCAGAGAUUGUCUUAGAUUAUACUUUAGUAAUUAAGUGAAAUCUGCCUAAUUAUAAAAACUAUCUAGGACACUUGGAAUGUUAUCACUUAUUUUAGAUAGAUGAUGACUUACAGCGCACAAAAAUAAAAAAGUGAUGUGUCUAAUAAAACGUUCCUUAAUUUUAUUGUUGACUACAUAAAAGUUCUUUUUUCCAAUACAACAAUAUUGUCAACAAAAAACUGUAUAUGAAUUCAAAUAUAUUUAUAGUGUUGAAAAAAAAUCAUAUUCUAACAAAAUUUUUUGGCCUAAAUCUCAUAUUUUCUAUACGUAGAUACAAUAAAUCUGAAACAUUGAAUUUAUACAGAAUCUAUUCGACAUUGUUAAGGUGAACGUUUACUGAGAUUUUGUUAUUACUUUUUUAAUUUGUUUUAACUUUUUCGCAAUAAACAUUCAUAUUUAUUGCAAAAAGUAAUAACAAUCAAUGCACAUUCUACUUAGUUACAAUUAUUACGACUAUAGUUACAUACGCCGCCCGAGAUAGGUAUUAUAGUGACACAAAUGUACUCGUAAGUUUAUAGAAAUUAAUGAAAUGGUAUAUAUUAAUUUUACAUUUCAUUUACAUUUCUGGAUUCUUACAGAUAAUGUUUAGUAGUACACAACUCAUUUAUUAUUUCUAUUUAACUUAUACAUUGUACCUUUGUAGUUAGAUAAAUCAAUUCGAACUGUACAUAUACCUACCUAACUGUAAAUUGAAUAAAACUGUACGCUUAAAAUAUUAAAAUAAGUAGCAUUAUAAUAUUUAACGUUUCGUUGUUUGGGCUGUGAGAAUCAGAACAUCACUAGAGUGUAUGAAAUAUUGUGGAAAAUUGAAAACUCUUGAAAGAAAUGUUUUUUG